UAAUAUGGCAAAUGCUUUGGCAGAUUGUGUAGAAUAAUAACUUGUGUUCAAUUGUACUGUGUGUGGCAUUUUAUAUGGGCAGUUCACACGGAUCUUGCAGUGGAUACAAAAAUACAACGUUGAAUUCUGUUCUAAAUUCUAUUUUGUUUAUAAAAUUUGAGGUUUUUGCCUCCUUGGAUUAAAGACUUUUGCUACCAGUGUCUUGUUGUGCAUGUGGGGAUUGAAGGACAAGCAAUUUUUCACUAGAAAUGGAAUGUAAACAUUAGACGAUGAAGUUCGCGUCAGUACAAUAGGAAUUUCCUUUGUGAUAAGUGUGUCUUGUUGUGUCACCGACUUUUUACCUAGGAUUAGAUUUACAUAAGCCUCCAUUCUGGAUCUUAAAAUGUACCCUAACAGACAUCCUGGUCCACACCAGACGGGGCAACCUUUCAAAUUUACAGUGUCUGAAUCAUGUGACAGAAUAAAGGAAGAAUUUAGCUUCCUACAGGCUCAAUAUCACAGCUUAAAAAUGGAAUGUGAAAAACUGGCUCAGGAGAAAACAGAAAUGCAGAGACACUAUGUUAUGUACUAUGAGAUGUCAUAUGGACUUAAUGUAGAAAUGCAUAAACAGACUGAAAUUGCCAAAAGAUUGAAUGCAAUAUGUGCUCAGGUCAUUCCAUUUUUAUCUCAAGAACAUCAACAACAAGUUGCAGCAGCUGUAGAAAGAGCCAAACAAGUAACAAUGACAGAACUCAAUGCUAUUAUAGGGCAACAGAUGCAGGCGGGACAGCAUUUAGCUGGGGCUCACGGACAUGGUGCCCCACCCUUCCCCAUGCCUCCUCAUCCUCCAGGUUUACAACCCCCAGGGCUGCCAGUAUCAAGUGCAGCUAGUUUAUUAGCCCUAGGUCAUGGACUUGGAGCCGGUGGUCAUUUACCUGGCCUUAGUAAAGAUAUUGAAAAAGGUGAGAACUGUAGAUCAUCAGCAUCCCCAGGAGAUAGAGAAAAAUAUGAAAAAUAUUCGUCACAUCCUCACAGAAUACGAACUCCUGACAAUCCCCCAGAAUCCUCAAAGAAAAGACCAAGAAUGGAAGAGAGCAAAGCCAAUGUUAGCAGUAUACACGAAGACAGUGAGGGUGAAAAAUCAGAUCAAGAUGAACUUGUGGUUGAUGUCGGGGAAGAUGCCACUGGACCAGCUGUUAAUGGAGAUAUGUCUCCGAGAGAAAAAUCCAAAGAUCUGUCAACAAAGAAAGACGAAAGAAUUAGUCCCAGAAGUGAUGCUUCAUCCCAUGCUAGUUCUACAUCUCACAAACACAGAGAGUCAUUACAAAAUGAGAAGUCAACAACUCCUGUGUCAAAACCAGCAACCCCUACCAGUUCAGGAAACACAACGCCAGGGCCAUCUAGUGGUAGUGCUAUGAAAAAUCCAGCCAAAUAUCCUUUAGGUGGUGGUUAUCCUCCCUUUAUGCCUCCAGGAGCUCACGGAUUACCAGCAGAGGUCCCUAGCAGUGUAUACAGUAAUGGUAUGCCCUACAACAACAUCUCACCAAAUGCUAUAAAUAGCUACAGAUCCUCCACCAAUCCUUUGUUUGAUCCACAUGCUCAUAUGAGAUCAGGAGCGAUCGGAAAUAUUCCAGGUGGAAAACCAGCUUACUCAUUCCAUGUUAGUGCUGAUGGUCAGAUGCAGCCAGUUCCAUUUCCUCCAGAUGCUUUGAUUGGUCCAGGAAUUCCACGUCAUGCUCGACAGAUCAACACAUUAAAUCAUGGUGAAGUUGUCUGUGCUGUAACCAUUAGUAACCCAACAAGACAUGUUUACACAGGGGGCAAGGGCUGUGUAAAGGUGUGGGAUAUCAGUCAGCCCGGUAACAAGAGUCCAGUUUCACAACUUGAUUGUUUACAAAGGGAUAACUAUAUUAGAUCAAUCAAAUUACUACAAGAUGGGCGAACUUUAAUAGUUGGAGGAGAGGCUAGUACUCUAUCUAUCUGGGAUUUGGCUGCUCCAACACCUCGUAUUAAAGCAGAAUUAACAUCCAGUGCUCCAGCAUGCUAUGCCCUAGCUAUUAGUCCAGAUUCUAAAGUGUGUUUUAGUUGCUGUAGUGAUGGUAACAUUGCUGUGUGGGACUUACAUAAUCAAACAUUAGUCAGACAAUUUCAAGGUCAUACAGAUGGUGCAAGCUGUAUUGAUAUCUCACCAGAGGGUACAAAAUUAUGGACAGGUGGAUUAGACAAUACAGUUAGAUCAUGGGAUCUCAGAGAGGGAAGACAGUUGCAACAGCAUGACUUUAGUUCACAGAUAUUCUCACUUGGUUAUUGUCCCACUGGGGAGUGGUUAGCUGUAGGAAUGGAAAGUAGUAAUGUUGAAGUAUUACACUGCAGUAAACCAGAUAAAUACCAGUUACACCUUCAUGAAAGCUGUGUUCUGUCACUUAAGUUUGCUUACUGUGGUAAAUGGUUUGUCAGUACAGGCAAAGAUAACCUCCUAAAUGCUUGGAGAACUCCAUAUGGUGCUAGUAUAUUCCAGUCUAAAGAAUCAUCAUCUGUUUUGAGUUGUGACAUUUCUACCGAUGAUAAAUACAUUGUGACAGGCUCAGGAGAUAAGAAGGCAACAUUGUACGAAGUAAUCUUCUAAUGGGACACUACCUUAAUACAUGUGAGGACGAAAAAAGUUUAUGAAUGGAAUAACUAAGAGAAAGAUGUUUUUCGUAAACAAAAACUUACUCUCUUGUAUUGAAAGGGCUAUUCUGAUCGGAAAAUUGUACAAACUGUCAAAGGAUAACCUAUGUUAGGUAGUGUCCAUUGGAAAAAAGAUGGAUGAUGCAAGAUUGUUUAAGAUGCAGUUGCAUGGAAAGUCAAAUAUUUAGUGUUAAGUUGUCUUCGUAAAUAUACUCUUAACACAUAGGAUAGUUAAAAUGGCAAUUACAUUUCUCAGAACCUGUAAAUAAUGUGUAAAUUAUGGAGGGCAGAUGCAACAUUCAUUCCUGGACAAGUUACAAACCAGAAAAUAGACUAUGCUAGUCUGUAGCCGAUCCGAGGAGAUUUCAGUGCUAUUGUGUCUCAAAGAGUGAGACUUUAAUCCAACUCUGUGAAAAAGAUUGUGUAAAUGGAACUUGUUUAUAUGUAUAUAACUGUAGAUAGAUGUGUGAAGUGUUGUUAGUAGCAAAGAAAUACAAUUUCUUGCCCAAGUUAGUCCCUGUGAUUUUUGUUUCCAUGGAAAUACUCCAAUAUCUAUUCAGGGUUUGAGUUUUAUGGUAUGUAAAUUUCUCACCUCAUUUCCUGACUAUUAGUGAAUAACUUUGGGAAUCUUUACAUUUGUUGCUGCCAGAAAUGUAAACAUUACAAGGCCCACAAGAUUUUUCAUAAUGAUUAUGUGAUGUUACAAAAUGUGAAGCUAAUCAUGUGAUUGUUGUCAUGUGAUCAAAAUCAUCAAAUCAUUAUAAUGGUAGCACAUUUAUAUGUUGUGUGUUUCCUUUGAUGUAUACUAGUGACUACAAUGUGAAGUUUACUUUACACAAAUUACAUAAAUUGUUUAUCUUUA